AUUGCCCAAACCACCAUGAAUGACUGCGAAAAUAUGCUCAAUCGCAGCGCAUUGCUGCAAAAUGCUAUCAAUAGACGAAACUCCUUACAUGAUGGCAGUUGUGUCAAAUUUCCAUAUGGACAACGAGAUUUGGACAGUUCAAUUACCUCUAACAGCAUUGUCAACAGUACCACUAUUGGCAACGGUAACAACGUUGAAGACGCUUGCACCGAUAGCAACGACAGCGUUAGCGUCGUUAGCAACACUAGUGAAUUGGACAACGCUGUCAACGGUAUCAACGGCAACGUAAACACGGCUAGCAACAGUAGCGACAUUAGUAAAGAACUCUCAAAUUGCGAGCCACUUCAGAUGGUGCCCUUCUCAACACACCCCGAUGCCAUCAGUGCCAAAAAGCCCCUCUGUCGUUUGGACUAUUCAGUUCGAAACACUGCCAUAGGCUCGCUACCUAGGUGUAAUUCAGACCUGUGGACUUUGCAAGAACAAGACGAAAGCGAUAAAGAAAAUGAUGGUGAUGACGACGACGAUGCUGAUGAUGAUGAUGAAAAUAAUGAUAAUGGUGAUUCUGAUUACGAUAAUAAAGAUGUGGUAGGGAAUGGAAUAUGGUGGGUGCUGAAAAAUAAGAAAGAAAACAACCGUUUAGAUGAUGUGAAGGGAAGCGAGACGGAGACAGCAAGAGAGAGAAAUAGAAGAGGAGAUGAUGAUGUUUGUGUCGAGAGGGAAAAGAAAAAUAGCGAGAAAGAAAAGAACAACAGCAGUAGUGGUGACGAGAAAAGCGGCGGGGAAAGCAUAACGAAAGAGGAAAGUAAAGCAGGUUGGCAAGAGGAUGGGGAGAAGAGAAGGAAGUGGGAGGCUAUACGUGAAGUGAAGGGAGAAGGGGAAGCGGAGGAGAAAAAGAAGGAGGAAGAGCAAGAGGCGUUGACACCGAAUUGUUAUUCUUCAAAUGAAUAUGAAUUCGAGACAGCGAGUGAGGGAAUAGGUUUGCUGGAAGUUAAGGUCGAAAAACAGUUGUGCGGUGCUACUGUUCAUCGUCCCACAAUGUUACGUUUGACUACAACCGCGUCAGGCCAUGAUUCGGCACCUACAACUGUAACUUGGUCAGAUACUUGUCGAAACCAAUCGGACACCAAGAGACUGGGAAAUAACUUGAAGAAAAUCAAAGAAACAACUGCAAUGCCUCAACGACUUGAAACGGAAUUCAGCACAGAGAAUCACUGUGGCGAAAAUGUACCUUUAGUUGACACGGUUACAUCCCAGCAGCGAGUUAACGACCCAGCACUGGCGGCGCUUCCAUCACCGUUGCUACCAUGUCCGCCCUCGCCAGCACUGCCUCUUGCAACCCUUUCUUCACCUGCUCCCUCAAUUCCUCCGCAUUCUAAUCAUCCCAAACAUCCUCAUCAUCAUCAGAAUUGUCUUCAACAACAGCAAAACCACAAUCAACACCAACAGUCCCAUGCUCACUUUUUUCUUACAUCUGAAGCUAACCUAACGGUCUCCACAAAACCAGUUCCAUCAUGUGGCAACAAUUCCCCCGUUUCUACAGUUUCUGCCUCUUCUACUUCGUCUUCUUCUUCUUCUUCUUCUUCACCUCCUUCUCCUUCUUGUCCUUCUUCUCCUCAAACGACGCACUCUUCUGUCGACCAAGAAGGCAAAACCACAAAAGAAGGGGACCCUUUCCAUACGGAAGUUCUUGAUUCAAACCCUGAUUACCCAACAACAGGCCAUUCCAUCAAUGAUAUCAUCAAGAUGUCCCUUGAGGAUUAUGUGGUACUAAAAGACGAAGAGAACAGACGUCUCUCCGUCGACGUGUUACCCACAGCUAACAACAAACCAAGGCAGAGUUACUCUAAGAUGGUCUUACAGAACAUUCUCAAUGGAACAGAAAAUGUUGAUGAUGAUGUCCAAUCAACUAAUGCUUUGAAAACUAACUUACGGAAAAGUGCUGCCAAGAAACGACAGCGCAAGCAAUUAAUUCCAAACCAAACCAAAACAGACGAUGACAAGAGCAAAAAGGACAUAGAAGAUAAUAAAAAAUCAGUUCGUGAUGGUUUCUUCAUCAUACUCAGUGGAAUGUACGGUCUACUACUGGUGGUGCUUGGUGCUGUGAUACCAAUUUCUGAAACUUUUGCAAAUCUUACGACCUUGUAUUUCUUCGAUGGCUGUUUUAUGCUAGAAACCAAAGUUUCAUUAAACCGUUACAGUAUCCACAGUUACAGUAUAAUUUUCACUGGAUCUACGUCAGUUAUUCCGCAGUGUUCGUUUAGUUUAGAAUUGAUGAGGGAAACAGAAAAUGGGUUUGACGGUUUUGGUAUCGGUGGUAUGAUCCACAGUGGUCUACAACUGGGACAGCAUUUGCAACUUAUCGGUGGAUCGAAUGACUGUGAUGGUCUAAUGCAAAUUGUAAAGCCAUUAUUUCAUCUGGUUUUUACUUUUGUCCAACUCUACUUUGUAUUUCUCAACCCUAAGGUUUGCAUCCAUCGCUACAAGACAUUGGCUCGUUUCGGAUUAAUGCAUAUGUGCGGCACAAAUAUUUGUGUCUGGUUUCGUAAUAUUGUAGUGGAAACACUGCAUGAGAUGCAUUCUGGGAUUGCUCACUCUUCGAACGGUCAUGGCAGUCACGGUCACGAUCAUCCUCUCGUUGAACAUCACCAAAACAAUCACACUACACAUCCAAGUAUUCAUAUGCAUACCGUUCAUCACGUUAAAGAUACACAUCAUAUAGAACAUUCUCACAACUCGUCUCUUCAGCUCCAUUCUCACCACAAUGGAAAUGUUUCUUCCACGCUAAUUGCAGCGAUGGUCAGUACUGUGAAUUCUCAUGAAACAAAGGCUUUGAAAACACUUCCUGAUGUAAACUGCUACUGGAAUAAAAUGAUGGGGAAAGUGGUGGAACAAGCAGGGCCUUAUCUCUAUCCUUGCAGUAUUGAAUACAGUCUUAUUUGUGCAGGUAUAAUGUUUGUACUUUGGCAACAGGUUGGUCGAGGACCAAAACCCAUUUUCACAAAAACCAACGGACAAAAUGCUGAUGAUGACUUUCAGGAAUCUCGCUCAUAUCGCUUGAGUGUUGACUGUGGUGGUUCAAGUCGAGGCCUUUUCCUCGGCAUUCUUCUUUUCGUGGGUGCCGUCAUAACUAUGGUAGCUUUCUAUGUUUUAGUUCACAAAGAAAAUAUGACAAUUACUGCCUUGGCUCUGGUUCAUCUCUCUGAAAUAAUAAUAUAUUUGUUGGGUUUAAUUGCAACCAUAACAGCCGCAUGGCGCAUGCGUGGUCUGGCUUACAAACCCGGCCAUGCCUCCGUUCUCGAAAGCGUCCUUAUAUUGAUAUCCUUAACCGGUGUGUUUAUUUUCUGCCUCUUUGGAAUCAUUGCCGCUCUUUUCCACGAGGAAAGUGGUAUAACGAACACUUUGUCAAUUGCAUCGAAUCUCAUGAUGAUUAUUCAGUCCAUAGUUCAAACUGUAUUUAUGGCUGUUGGUGCUGAAAUGCAAGCCUAUACCCAAGCUCAAGAACGUCAAAAGCCAGGACGAGAACUGGUCACAUUUCUCAUAUUGUGCAAUUUGUCCCUUUGGGGCAUCAAUACAUUCGAAACACAGCGCGCUGAACAUAAUCCCAUUCAAACGGAUUUUUAUGGACACAUGGCUUGGGCAAUACUUACACACAUAUCUGUACCUCUUGGAAUAUUUUUCCGAUUUCAUUCUACAGUUUGUCUAUCAAAUAUCUGGAAAAACGCUUGGAAAAUCAGACAUCACUAAUUAUGAUCUCCAAGUUAUAUUUAUUAAAUGUUUUUCAUUGUCCUUCAAGUAUUUUAUUUUUCUCAUCACUCACUUCAAAUGCACUCUUCUUUACCUGUCACUUGAAGGAAUAAUCUCAAGUUGUUCAGCAGAUAGAAAAUAUGUCGGAUAUUCGGAGCGAAGGCAAUUUU